AGUUCAAAAUCUUAAAAUUAGAGCUUUGAGUGAAUUUUAUAAUAAUUUUAUAUAUUAAAUACACCAUAUUCCAUUGCAAUCAAAUUGGCGGUCUCAUUUGAGUUAAAAUUGUUCAUAGAAAAAUAUAAUAAAUGCAACAAUCAUCUUCAGUCAUUGUAUGAACAAUGAAAUAAUGUAGUAAUGAAAUGAUAAUAGAAUUCAAAAAGUAGACCAAAGAUUUAAUUUUAAUAAAACAAAGCAAAUGGCCGACUUGGAAUCUGUAUUAAAAAAAAAGUUGGAAAACACAGAUGAUCUCGAAGAACGGAGAGAAAUUCGUAAACAAAUAAGAGAGUUGAGAAAUAAAAAGUUUGAUGAAGAAAUUAAAAAGAUAUCAUCAGGUGAAUCUACUACUUUGUCAAUGACAAAUGGCUCUUCAAAACGAGCGGCAACUCAGAUAACAUCAGGUGAUGAUGAUGGAGAUCCCUAUGGUCUUUUAAAAUAUACGACAGAAGAAGAGCUUCAAACAUUGUUAAAUGCAACAGAGUUUACAGAAACAGAUAAAAGAAGGAAAAUUCGAACUCGUAUGAGAGAAGUUAGAGAAGCUAAAUAUGAUUCACCUAUAGUAAUCAAAUCUAAUGAAAGAAGUUCAAAAUCUAAUCAAGAAUCUAUUAAAGAGAGUUUAAACCCUAAAGAAACUGAUAAUUAUAUAAAACAACAAAAAACUCAAACAGUUGAGAGAGAACCUAUUCCAACUUCUGUAAUAAAAAAUAAUUUACCAUCCAAAACCGAGCCAGUUUAUGUACGAGAUCCCAGUCCUACGCCAGAAGUACAAUCGAAUAAAAAAGAACAAAGUAUUCAACGAGAACCGAGUUUAGAAAGAGAACCUACCCCUGAACCAGAGUGUGAACUGAACCAUGAACCAGAACUUAACCUUGAACCAGAUUUUAAAGAGGAAUCAAACACUGAAACAACAGAGGAAUCAUAUAAUGAUACAAAAUGUAAUUAUAAUAUUGAAAAAGACAUUGAGUCAGAUAAAGCUAUAAGUUAUAAUAAAGAUACAGCAGAGUCGGAUGAGGGAAUUCAUGAUACUAAAGAUGUGUCAGAGUCAGAUGAUACAAUGCAUUGUAGUAAUGAUGUACCAGAUUCAUAUGAAACAGUAAAUGAUGCUAAAAAUGAGAAUGAAGAUGAAGAACAAGAAGAUAGGGAAGAGCAUGAAGAUAAUGUAAAUAGUGAUGAAGAUGUUUCAGGUUCUGAUUGUUUUUCUGAAGAUGGUGUUCAAAAAAACAAAUACUCUACUAGUUCAACAGGCUCAUAUGAUGGAAAAAAACAUGCUGCAUCAAUCAUUGAGGAUGUAAUGGCAGUUCCAGAACCUGGAGUUAAAAGUGGGAAAGAUUUUAAAAAAAAACUUAAAAAAGGAGCUGUAAAAUCGCCAGUAAACUUAGAAAAAAAUUCUGCAAGCUCUGGAGAGCAAGUUGAUUUUCGUCCUUCUCUUAAAAAAAAAUCUAGUGCACCUGUUGUUAAUCUAGAACGUAAGCUGCAAGGCGGAGAGCAAGUUGAUUUUCGUACUGCUUUGCAAAGAAAAGUUGAAUUACCUGCACCUGAGAAAAAAGAACUUGCAGGUGGAGAGCAAGUUGAUUUUAGGACAGCAUUGAAGCAAAAAGUUCCAAAACCUGUUUUUGACAAAACUCCAAUAUCACCACAGCAAGUUGAUUUUAGAACAGCUCUUUCCAACAAGGUUCAACCAAAAAGUUCAACUGAUAAACCACAAGGGGGUGAACAAAAAGAUUUUAGAGUUGUCUUAAAAGCAGAGCCUAAUCCUGUUCAACUUAUAAAUAAAGUUAAACCAGUAGUAACUAAAGGAGAGCAAAAAGAUUUUAGAACUGUAUUAAAAAAAAAUGAUUCUCCAGCUACAGCUAAAAAGGAAUAUCAAACUGUUGAUGAUGAUCAAAACAUUGAUGAAAAACAUAAUGAGGACUGUGAAUUUAUAAAUGAUGAGCCAAAAGCUGUAGAAAUUAAUGAAGAUCAAUGUGAACAAGAGGUAGAGUUAGAAGAUACAGAAUUAGUAAAGUCUUCACAGGUUGUUGCUAGCCAACAAGAUGUACAAACUAAACCAGUAAGCAAACCCCCUCCACCUGCCCCAAAGAAAAAAAGUUUCAAAGGCAAAUCAGAAGAACCUCCUCCAUCUAACAAAGAUAAUAACGUAAACAAUGCCAACUUGCCUUCUACAAAGGAAGAAGAGGUUGAAGAUGUUGAUGGAAAAGCCAGGAAUCGUCGUACUGCAAAAGAGGUUAAAUUACCACCACCUAAACCUACAGAUAAACCAAGAAGAGUAAUAAGACAUGAAGAAUCAGAACCUGUUCCUGUAGAAGUCAAGAAUGAUGUUGAAAAAGCCAAAGUAGAUGUAAAAGUUCCUGAUAAUGAUAGCCAUAAUGUAGAAGUAAAUGCUGAGGAACCAGAUGAUCAGUCUUCACAGCAAAUGCCAACAGAUAAUUCAAAAGAGAAACAGAUAGAUAAAUCUUCACAGCAAAUUCCGACAGUGGAUAAUUCAAAGGUUUCGUCACUCAGCUCGAAUGUGGCACAAAAAAAACCAUCUUCACAGUCUAAAGCAAUGGGCAGGAUAAAGUUUGGUUCAGAUGAUGAACAAGAAAAACCAAAAGAAGUUGAAGUAAAAUCUACUGAUAAUGCUGAAACAGUAAAGUUUAAUGGCAAUGUUAAAGAUGAUGAUGGUAUAAAACCUGGUAGACGAUCACGCAAAGUUAAAGAAGAUGAAACAAUAGAAGUAUCUGCUGAUCUAUUAGCUGAGAUUAACAGACCAAAAGAAGAACCAAAAAAGUUUGUACCUCCUGCAGCAAAAACUCUACAGAGUACAAGGGUUUUGACAGGAAAAGCAGCUGAGAGAGAGGCUGAGCGUCAAAAAGAAAGAGAGCAAAGAGAAGCAGAGAGACUUAAAAGAGAAGCUGAAAGAGCUAAAGAAAGGGAUGAAGCUGCUCGUAAACGAAAAGAACAAAAGGAUGCUUUUGAAAAGAAAAUGGAAGAAAAAAAAAAAGAAAGAAUGCUUGCUGAAAGAAAAAAAAAUGCAUCCGUAAUAGCUGGUCGAAAUGCUUUUAAAGACAAACUUGAAGCUAAUGCUCCACCACAAGAUCCAAAUGCUGCUAAAGUAACCUCUAAUACAAAUGUUACUAAGCUACUGGCAUGGGCUCAAAAGCAAACAAUGGGUUACCAGGGUGUUAAUAUUGAAAACUUCAGCGAAAGUUGGGCAGAUGGUCUAGCAUUUGCAGCUUUAAUACAUUCUUUCUGUCCAGAAGAUAUUCCUAUUGAAGAAUUAUCUAAAGAUACAAAAAGAAGGAACUUUGAACUUGCAUUCUCUAUUGCAAAAGAGGAGGGUGUAAUGGAUUUGUUGGACGUUGAAGACAUGGUUCGAAUGCGUUCUCCGGAUCCAAAAUCUAUUAUCACAUAUCUUCACAGCGUUUAUUCAGUUUUUUGUAGUUAAUGGAUAAGCUAUGGAAAUAUUAAAAAAAGAUAAACAUUUAAAGAAAAAAACGAUAAUUCGUUGCAGAAAUAUUGUUUGAAGGGUUGAAUCAUUCAUCGAGAAUUGUACAUGUGUAGUUUGUUUUCGUUACAUUUAUUGUUUAUAGUUAGAAAAAUAGAUUUAGUUUUUAUUUGGAAUUUCUAAUUAUUAUUUUUGUCAUUUUUUCACUUUUUAUUUAAGUAUUUUUAUAUCAUUUUUAAAGUUAUUUUUAAACUUUUUGAAGUUUUUGUAUUAGUUUUCUGAUUAAUUUAUUUGUCAAUUUUACCUGAAAUAAACGAUUGAGAAAUGUUAAAACAAUCAGACAUAUUUAUAAUAAAAUGUCAUUUCCACUUAAGUUACAUUACCGCUUUUGUACUGCUUUGCUACGACUGAUGUGACGAGUUUUUUGUUUCUUGCGAAAUUUCAAUUUUUCUACGACAUUUUGACAGUGACGGCAUAAUGUUUUGGAGAAAACUAUUGUAAUUAUUUUGUAGAAUUUUCCAUAAAUUUAUGGGGUAAAUUA